AAGGCGCCGACCUGACCAGCCGUGCUCGUUGCUGCCGCCGCCGCCAGCAUGGCCUCGACCCGCAGCCCCGUCGGAGCGCGCACGCUGCUCGCUUGCGCCAGCCUGCUCGCCGCCAUGGGCCUCGGUGUCCCGGAAUCCGCCGAGCCCGUGGGGACUCAUGCACGACCGCAGCCUCCCGGGGCCGAGCUACCUGCCCCGCCAGCCCACAGCCCGCCGGAGCCCACCAUUGCACAUGCACACAGUGUGGAUCCCCGGGACGCUUGGAUGCUGUUUGUCAAGCAGAGUGACAAGGGCAUCAACAGUAAGAAGAGGAGCAGGACCAAAGCCAGGAGGCUGAAGCUUGGCCUGCCAGGACCCCCAGGGCCACCAGGUCCUCAGGGCCCUCCAGGCCCCUUUAUUCCAUCUGAGGAUCUGCUGAAGGAGUUCCGGCUGUUGUUGAAAGGUGCGGUACGGCAGCGAGAGAGCACCGAUCCGGAGCACUGCACCAGGGAUGUCACUACACCAGCCUCGGACAGCCCUUCCCGUGUCCCAGGCACCCAGGAGCUUGAUGGCCAGGACCCAGGGGCCAUGUUAGCUCUGCUGGCUGCGACCUUGGCCCAGGGCCCACGGGCACCACGUGUGGAGGCUGCGUUCCACUGUCGCUUGCGCCGGGAUGUGCAGGUGGAGCGGCGUGCGCUACACGAACUCGGGGUCUACUACCUGCCAGAAGUUGAGGGAGCCUUCCGCCGGGGCCCAGGCUUGAACCUGACCAGCGGCCAGUACACCGCACCCGUGGCUGGCUUCUAUGCGCUCACUGCCACUCUGCACGUGGCACUCACCGAGCAGCCGAGAAAGGGACCACCGCGACCCAGGGACCGUCUGCGCCUGCUGAUCUGCAUCCAGUCUCUCUGCCAGCACAACGCCUCCCUGGAGACUGUGAUGGGGCUGGAGAAUAGCAGUGAGCUCUUCACCAUCUCAGCAAACGGUGUCCUCUAUCUACAGACAGGACACUACACCUCUGUCUUCUUGGACAAUGCCAGCGGCUCCUCCCUCACGGUACGCAGUGGCUCUCACUUCAGUGCUAUCCUCCUGGGCCUGUGAGUAGCUGCUGCAGGCUCUUACCCUUACCAGAGUGGUGACAGUGGCUCCAUGCACAAGGAAGCCCACUGGGCCUCUGCACACACUGGCCAUCACAAUACCUCUUAGCACGGCCACUGCAUUCCUGCAGAGGUGAUGGAAGCAGGCUCUCCCAGAACCAGCAGCAACUUGUGAAUAUCAUAAGCCCUGCUUGGCUCUUCUGGGACCACUCCGCAUACAUGGUAGCACUUGCUAUAUCCCCAGCUGCAGAGCUGGCAUCCUGGUAGCUCUAUACAGCUCAAACUCUUUCCUGUGGCCCAGUAUACUAGCCAGGCCACUCACUACCUGGAACAUCUCAGACUGCACAGGGCAGAGCUAUAGAGAAAUGACUGCAGGUCCUUAGUGCUUAAGAGGGAAUCCCAGGCCUUCUUGGACCAUACAGUGUCUACCUGGGUUCCAAUCCUGGAGCAUUGUCUAUGUCUCUGCCUAGAGUACAGCCUCAGGGACCUAGGGACUUCAGGGGCCAGUGAUCCUGGGCCUGGCAGCAGUUUCUGCUUCUGGAGUAAGCAAGAUGAACUGCAGGAACCUGAUUAGCACCCUAACAUAUUGGAGCUGUACCCCUCUGCCAUCCCUUUCACAGACAAGGCCAUCUUUAUCCUCUACAAAGGCUACCAGCCAACUUCCCAAUCCCUCUGAGGCUCUGGCUCACUGCUAGGGCCUACAUACUAAACUAAAAUUUGAGCAUAGUUAUGCAUACAGGCACCUGCUCACAAGUUUCCCUCCUGAGACUCCGUUGCAAAGGGGGUGGUCUUUGGUGAUGAGGAAGCUGGCUAAGGGCUCUUUCCAUGAGAAGUUGCAGGGCUGCCAGCCUGCAGCUUGUUUCAGUAGUCUUCCGGUUUUUAACGAAAUGUGGGGCCAGCCCCUAACAGGCAGUGGAGAGGACUUGGUCCUCCAAGUCUGAUGGCCUGCUGAUGAAAAAGAGCUGACAACCAGCACAUCCAUUCCCACCAGCUGCUUUGGGAUCUCUUGGCCUAGUGGGAGUGUUCAAGCCUGAGAUGGAGGAGAUAGCUGCCAGCUGCUUCAUCUUUCAGCUAACGCCAGGAUGAGGCUACCACAUCAGAAUGCCCUUCUAUAAUCAGACCUGUCCCCAAAUCAGGCUGCCAACACAGAGCAACAGGUGACUGGAGGGCUGUCCAUGAGCAGGCCUGGCCUGAUUCUCAGUAGGGCUGGUACCCACCCUACCAGGAAGCACUGUGCUGGCCCGGGUCCUGGCUCCCUGGCACUCUGAUAAGGACAUGAGGUGGACACACCCCACCCUUUUCUGGAUUCCACUUUGUAUCCAGUGGGCACAGACAUGUUAGUGACAUUAUCUUCUACCCUUGAGAAAGCCACAUAAGCACAUAUCUUACCUUCCAACAACUGUGUUACCCAGCAACUUAAAAGUAUUUAUUGUGUCAUAUUGCUAGGCAGAAUGUGUUUAUGUAACAGAUCACACAAAGUCGUAGCAAUGAGGGGCAGACCUGAGAAGCAUGACCUCUUUCCAGCUCACCUCACCAAAGACCGUGAGGGGUAAGCUCUGGAAAGCAAGGCAGAAAUGCCUUUAGUCUUGGGACUCCUACUGAAGGUAGCAGGAGAGGCUCUUACUAACCAGGAAGGCCACAGUGCCAAGAGUCUUCCAGACUGAAGCACUUGGGGCAUGGGUCACAGCCUAUGGGGCACUGAAUGAUUCCUGGGUUGCUAUAAGAGAUUGCUGAAUUAAACCGUUUUGCUUUCUGAUGA